AAUCUGCGAGGAGGAGGAGCUGUCAAAGUUUCCCAGUGAAGGAAAAGUCUCUUAAGGAUAAAAAACACCUAAAGAUUUUUCAGUUUUGAUAAAGCGGAAUAUCGCCUGUUGUUGGCAUGGAAUGACACCUUGUGACCGGGAGCUUCAGAAACACGAUGGCAAGCCGUUUGGUGAAGUGGAUCAUUCUCACCUCUGUCUGCUUAGGCUGCUGUGCUCUGACGGAAAGGAAAGUAUGCCAAGGCAUCACAAAUCGUUUAAACCUCCUGGGUUCCAAAGAGGACCACUACCUGAACAUGGUGAAGACUUACAGCAACUGCACUGUCGUCUUGGAAAACCUGGAGAUCACCCACAUGGAGGGUCACCAUAACCUGUCCUUUCUCAUGUCAAUUGAAGAAGUGGGCGGCUAUGUGCUGAUAGCCCUCAACACAGCGGAGGAGAUUCCUCUGCAGAAUCUGCGCAUCAUUCGCGGUCAUUCGCUCUACGAGGGAUCGUUUGGCCUCGCUGUUCUUUCCAAUUAUGACAAGGUUACCGGUAACGCCACCAAGACGCUUCUUCUCACCAGCCUCACAGAAAUUCUUAAAGGAGGUGUAAAGUUUUUGUAUAACCAGCCCUGCAAUCUGGAAACGAUAAAGUGGUAUGACAUUGUCAACGGUGAUAACAAACCCAAAAUGGUGCUGCCAUCGGACAUCAGCCCUUCUUAUUGUAGCAAAAACAGAUGCGACUCAAGCUGCCUUAAUGGCUCAUGCUGGGCACCCGGUAUACAAAACUGUCAGACGUUCACAAAGCUGAACUGUGCAGAGCAGUGCUCUAAGAGAUGCAAAGGACCUUCCCCCGGAGACUGCUGUAAUGAGCAUUGUGCUGCGGGCUGCACAGGACCGCGGCCCAACGACUGUCUGGCCUGUCGGGACUUCCAGGACGAUGGGGUGUGUAAAGACUCCUGCCCAGGCCUCAUGCGCUACGACCCCAACCUGCACCAGCUGGUACCCAACCCACAUGGGAAGUACAACUUUGGGGCCACCUGCGUCAAGAGCUGCCCACGUAAGAUUGGAUAA